CGCUUAGCGUUUCCCCACCACACGUAACGUUUGUGAUCAUUGUUCUAGAAUAAUUAUUACAGUUGUUUGCAACAUAGUCUUUAUUGUAGUUGUGAUAAAAGACCGGAAGAAAGACUGUACAGCAACAGAGGCGGUGGCGGCAACAGGGCAAACUGGUCCUCGCUCUCGGUCCUAGUCUUACAACUGCAGCUGAUACUCUAUACUCGUGCUCAUGGAGCUGGAGGAGCGACAACUACGCGUCACCUCACGGACAGCAAGAGUCAGCAUGGAGAUCGUAAUGCGGACGACGUCGCUUUUGCUGGCCUUGUAUGUUGUUGCAAUACUGACAACGCCGCCUGGCACAACUGCUGCCGUCAUCCCUCAAUCAGUGCUACCACGACAAGCAACUGGAUCAGUCCGUGAGAAGCGCUUCCAGGAAGACAACAUCAACAGCAACAUGCUUGAGCUGCACAAUACUACAGGCGUUGAGCAGCAUAGAUCUGUGGUGGAGACGACCUUUCGACUUCCCACACUCGAGCCUCGAUUGCCACCCGUGCAUGAGAAUGCCAGCGAGAGGAGAGCAGAACUUGCCACAGAAGACGAACCAUCGUCACUGCAACCGCGCACGUCCACCAGUUCAAGGGUCGCCAGUUCAGGGGUCAGAGUUCACAAGUCACUGUUAGCUCGCACAACGAGCGCAAGUGUCAAGGUUCGCUUACCACCCGGGGCCAGCGUACACAGCGAUCCAUCUCAGAUUUCUGUCGACCCAAUCACCAUGUCCAUGACGACUACAAGCAAGCCAAGGACAGGGGCAUGCAAACCUGUACCAUACAGUCGACUGCUCGGGAAAUUCAAGAAAAAACUCCAUCGCCAGGCAGAGUUCUUGGAUACAUUCUGCAUGUUCGGCGCUGCCUGCUCAAAAGUUGCACAGAACCGCAAAUGCCUGUGCGAAUCGACAGGUUUCUGGCAGUACGAUCCCAAUCGGUUUCCUGCGUACAUCUAUUCUGUCAAGUGCCACGGUCAGACGUGUCCGCCUGAUAAAAGUUGCAUGCCCAAGAGGGAUCAGCUAUGGGUGCUGCGACGAAUACCUGGCUCCUGCGGCGGUGCACGUGGCAAACGUGAGAAGUGGAAAUGGACGAGAGAGCCAAUUUUCGCAUCGUGCAUGUGUGCAUAGAGUCCCGGACCAAUCUCCCACCAUGUACCGGACCUGAAAUCUCAACAAUGCCAAUGGUCUAAACUGAAUCAACGAAGCAACAUUGCAAUGCUGGUGGUGCCUCGAUGUCUGGCCAGUCACUGACUGAGUUUAGACAACCAAGCACCAUACUCAACUUGCUACGUCUAACGGCUAUCUCAGCCACUUCAGCAGCUUGUGCAAGCCAAGAAGCUCCGAGUGAACACUAUCAUUCUUGUCAGGACUGUACCAUGGCCGUUACUGUGUUUACUGUGACAUGUACAUGACUGUAUAGUUUACUAUGUUAUACUAUGCCAUGGCUUGCUUAGUGCGCUAUGGCUUACAGCACUACUAUGUGCUGUUCAGUACCCUACACACUGUCUUUGUCACAUCAAGAUAUUUU